CAACAAAUUGUUUGUCAGUUGGGAGCACAGAAAUGAAAACAUUUUGCUAAAUAAUUUUUUAAUUAAGCUAUCGUCUUAUUUAUAUUUUUGUGCGUAAAAAAGUCAGAUACGAGGUCCCAAUAGUUCCCUUUAGUUAGUGAAACUCUAAUUCGUUAAUUACGACCCACCUAUGGUUAAAUUGCCACAAACCUUAUGCAACAGUAGGUAGGGCCUCAUCGUUCUAAAUCAGUUAAAAGAAUUGUUGGCCCAUUUCUGUGACGCCGGGCAACCUGCCCGGACUUCCAUCAUCCUGCAUCCGACAAGUACUAUGGCGGUGAGUCGAGUCCCGAGUCCGCCGCCACAAGAAGUCAAUACUCCUGUAGCUGAAAAUUGGUGCUAUACACAAGUCAAAGUGGUUAAAUUUAGCUAUAUGUGGACGAUUAAUAAUUUUAGUUUCUGCAGGGAGGAAAUGGGGGAAGUCCUGAAGUCUUCCACAUUUUCCGCCGGUGCAAACGAUAAACUAAAAUGGUGUCUUAGAGUGAACCCUAAGGGUUUGGACGAAGAAAGUAAAGACUAUCUGUCACUGUACCUUCUCUUAGUAUCUUGCAACAAGAGCGAGGUGAGAGCCAAGUUCAAAUUUAGCAUAUUGAAUGCGAAACGGGAGGAAACGAAAGCGAUGGAGAGUCAGCGGGCGUAUCGAUUCGUGCAGGGCAAAGACUGGGGGUUCAAGAAGUUUAUUAGACGCGAUUUCCUAUUGGACGAAGCGAACGGACUCUUACCGGACGAUAAGCUUACCAUAUUUUGUGAGGUGAGCGUUGUGGCCGACAGUGUGAACAUCUCAGGACAAUCGAAUACGGUACAGUUUAAAGUACCCGAGUGUCGGUUAUCCGACGAUUUGGGGCUACUCUUUGAGAAUCAAAAGUUCAGCGAUGUGACCCUUUCGGUGGCGGGCAGGGAGUUUCAAGCGCAUAAAGCCAUUUUAGCAGCUCGAAGUCCCGUUUUUCAAGCGAUGUUCGAGCACGAAAUGGAAGAACGGAAACAUAACAGAGUGGACAUAACGGACGUGGACCACGAGGUGCUUCGCGAAAUGUUAAGAUUUAUUUAUACGGGCAAAGCGUCGAAUUUAGAAAAAAUGGCGGAUGAUCUCUUAGCGGCCGCCGAUAAGUAUGCACUAGAAAGGUUAAAAGUAAUGUGCGAGGAGGCGUUGUGUUCGAACCUUUCGAUCGAGAACGCGGCGGAAAUAUUAAUUUUAGCCGAUUUGCACAGCGCGGACCAGUUAAAGGCGCAGGCGAUUGAUUUUAUUAAUACGCACGCCACGGAUGUGAUGGACACCCCGGGCUGGAAAUCGAUGAUCCAGACGCACCCGCACCUGAUCGCGGAAGCUUUUCGCGCAUUAGCGACGCAACAGAUCCCGCCGAUAGGACCGCCCCGGAAACGCGUGAAACAAAGCUGAAGAACCCCCGCGGUAGAAACGCGACCCACGAACUGACUGUUCAAUUAUUGUGUUCAGAGCUGAGCCUGUCAAUAUUUAUUAGAUACUAAAAAAUUAAAAAUAAAAUCCAGCGAUAAACGACAUAUUGACGGGCCUCAAGCUUAGGAUUUAAUUCGACGCGUCCACCGUGAGGCGUGACUUAAUAUCGUAUCGUAAACAAACAAAAAAAAAUUAAACCAGAAGCUUUUGUGUAUUCUUAGGUUGUUAUGAACUGAAGUGAUUAAUAAUUAUGUUUUCCGUUCGUUUCCUAAAGUAUGGUGAAGUAAAGAGUCGUUAAUCAUCCAAAAUGAAAUAUGGGAAGUAAUAGUUGCGCUAUUCAACCAAACUACCUCAUUGUACUUUCUGGAGUCAUUUCGUUUUUUAUGUGUAAGCAAAAAUUUGCAUCGCGAAAUUGUUACGUAUGUAUUUGCUAUAUUAGUAUGAUACCUUCCCAUAAAAUAUUGCGCUUUCCCGUGAGAGCUGAUAAGAAAUGGUCUAUUGUGUAUAUAAUUUUUAGGCUUGUGACGAAGAAAUCGGCAAACAAGUGAUUUUCUUUUGUCGUUGAAGUUUCGAUAAUGUCCUUUUUGUAGAAAAAAAUACGGUUUUACGGAAUGUCUCUGUAAUACACACACACACCCACAUACAAGCCCCGAGGUUAAAAUUAGCCAAUUAAGUUCGUUCGAGGAUGAACCCGAGGAGUUUCUUCUUUUUGAUAUAAGGCAAAAAACACUUAAUUUAUAAACUUGAAGAUUUUGGGUUAUAAAUUAAUCGGUUAUUUCAGAAACCACAUGCAUCGGAAAUUAUAUUUAUUUAUUCCAUUUAUUCGUAAACCACAUACAACAAUUUAUUUUUACAGGCCAAGGUAUAUGUAAUAAAAUGAUUACAAUCAAAAAUUAUAAAACUGCAAUUACAACCACAUAUGAGUGCAGACAUUACAAAACAAAGUAAAAACUUGAUUAAAAGUACUCCUUAAAUAAUUAGAAGGCAUUCCUUUAAAGGUUAUUUGAUACUUGCCCUUUGAAAUGUAAUAGAUCAAGAGCCUUAAUACCUGUUGGAAUACAAUUAUAAAACUUUGUGACUAAAUACCUGGUUCCAUUUCUGGACCUUUCCAAGGCGGUUAAAAUCUGGCACAAGAUCUCUACAGUUUCUAGUUACAUAGUUGUGGAAGUGUUCAUGAGAGAGAUUUAAGUUUUGACGGACAUGCAGCAAGUACUGUAGAAAAAUGUAAACAGAAGGUAAGAUUUGAAGCCUCUUAAAUGAUUGCCUGCAAAAUUCACGAUAUCCCAGUUAGGAUACGAGUGAAAGAAAAUUACUGGUAUGCAGAGAUGUAAAGUUUGCCACAGUUUUAAAUAAAAAUAUCUGACUGGACAGUUUUUUUGAAAGCUUAACCAAUACCAUAGGCACCAAGAAAUUUAGCCUCUUUUGCACACUUUGAGAGAAUAGGACACUCAACUGUAUUAUGUCUCAAGGUGAAGUAAGUUUGUAAAAUUUGCCAAAACCACUGAAACAUUGUUUUCGGAAAUCUGAAAGUCCAUGUCAUGAAUAUGUGAAGACUAAUAAGGUGUUUACUGAUUUCCCUCGUAAAAAGGCCAAGUCAUUGAUAAAAAAAAAAGAAAUAAUACAGGUCCUUGUGACACUCCAUCCUUGAAUGGUUUAAUAUCAGAUUUAUUCCAACAUAUUGAACUGUGUUUGACAGGUACGACUCAAUCAACUUAACUGCUUCAGAAUGAAAAUCAUGAGUAUGAAGUUUUUCGAGAAGAAUACUACGUGUACACAAUCGAAACUUUUUGUGUCGUGUACAAUUUACCAUGAGACUUGGCUAUAUCAUUAUUGGCGCAAAGUGAGAACGCAUUGGGAGAAAAGAAGAUGCAUAUUCAGCGUUUGUACCCCUAAAAUAUAUCGCGACAAGAACCUCUGAUUUAAAUUAUUAAAUCGCUUAAAAAGUUUUAAAUUAAAUAAAAAACGCGGAUAUGGGUAAAAAUUUACUAGAAGGUAUUAUUGCAAUACCUUCCCUAACUUUACCAUAACAUUUACAACUUGUCUUCAGACGUAGAACCAGGUGGGCUCAUUGAUAUUUCCACGUUCUUUGACUUCUGAUGGGGUCCUAUCAAUAGUUCGAGCCGCUGGAAUCAUAAAAUAGUGCCGAAUUUAAUGGCAGAAUGGCAAACGGCACUUAAAAACCAUGAAAACAACCAACAAAGUGUCAGAAAUACAUCAAUUGUAAUUUACCUAUAACAGUGCAAAUUUGUUGACAUUCUCCAAUCGAUUUCAGCACACUCGUGGUUUAUCCAAUCAUUACCUUAUAUUCCGUAAGAAAACUCGUGAUUCAAUUCAGACAAGACCUAGAGUUAGUCCAGGACGUUUCAAUUUUGCUGUAUAUUUUAUAGUAAUUCAAGAGUCACUUACUUAAAGUUAAAACCGGACAACUUUAAGUGUGUUGUCCUUAAUGAAACUUUAUUGGUUAAUUUUAACAAUGCGAUUCAAACAAAAAUUAUUUAUUUGUUUUCGGUUAUAUUGUUUGUUUUUUCCUUAUAAACACUAAGAAAUAUACGCCUGUAAGUCAGUGAACCAUUACAAUCCUGAACUAAAAUACAACAGAAUCAAUCAUGCGUGAUUUGCACUUCAAUUCAAUAUCGUAGAAUAUGAGAAUAAUUCUUUUUUGCUAAGGAGGGUAAAUUCGGUAAAGGGUGAAUCUCUUACAAACACAAAGUGUUUAGAAUCGCAGCGAAUGUCUGUCUACUUUUUGCAAAAAUUCAGGAACCAGUUCAAAACUCUUUAUAUCAAUUCUUAAGGUGAAAAAAGGGAAAACAUAUUAAAGUGAGUAGAAGAUAAAUUAAAUUUCAUAAGCCCAGGCAACUGCACCAUCAAUUCAAAUUUCUAUCUCAGAAAUAUAGAUUUUAAAUUAAUUGAGAUACAAAUUCAUUAAAGAGAUUAAAAUGAAUUUAUAGUUCCUGAAUAGCUUAUUGACAUGGAUACACCACCCUAAACGUUAUGAUCUAUCCGGAUCUUAACCAAAAACACAAUUUUAUUAAAAUAUAGACUGCAGUGUCACUUGAGAGAAGUUGAUAAUUUAAUAAUAAAAUUUCUAUUAGCGGCUUUCCUAAUGGUUAAUCUACGUAUACAAUUUCCAAAAGACUAUUCUGUAUAGUGCACUGCUGACAGUACACUUCUAGUGGAAGUUAGUUGGAACUAAAUAUUCCUUCAGUGUCCCAAUAAACUUAGAUAACACCGAGGUCCUUAAAGAGGUAAAGGAAAAGAAUGAUCCAGGAUUCUUUUGGUUUUUUUUCUGGAAUACCCUGUGUAUGUGUCAAGAAUUUGUACGGUAUUAAUCUAGGAUCUAAUUAAGGAGUUUAAAUAAUUUAGGUAGGAGCGCAGUUCAGACAGUCGACACACAUUAAUUUCCACCCUGUUUUUGGUUCACUGACUCGGCUAAAUCGAACGCAAAAGGGAACAUUUGAAAAAACUAAUUUAUUUUAGACGUAAGCCUCGACUUAUAAUAAUAAAGUCGAAUUGGAUAUUGUGAUCCUGCAUAAAUAAGUGAUCGUACUAUACGUUUAACUCAAAAGUGGUACAAAGUCUGGUAGGAUCUCGAUUAGUGUUCUGGUAUAUGUUAUUGUAUAAUAAAUAUUUUUCGUUCGAAUUAUGGAUCUAAUAAAUUUUAAUAUGACUUCGGUUCUUUUAGAUUACGAUUUGUUAAUUUUUCAGGAACUCCUUUCGUGAAUUUUUCUGUGAAUAUGUAAAUAAUAAUGAAACAAUAUAAUAAUUGUCUUUAGCUAAAA